CGGGCCGGGCUCCACCCCGGCCCCCGGCCCACAUAGGUCGGCCGGGAGGGCUCUUCGACUCUGGAGCUUGCGCCGCCCCGGGGGCGCACGGCGGACUCUGGUAGCCAGAGGAAAGCGCGGGGCGGGAGCUCCAGGGGGGUUCCCGGGAAGCAAGGGCUGUGCUGCCUGCCUGUGGGGGGCUGCGGGGGGAUCUCGCCCUGUCCCAAGGCGGUGGGAUGAUGCAGCAGCGCUGCGGACGGCUCCUGGCCCGGCUGGAGCGGGCGGUGCAGCUGUUGGAGCUCGGCGGCAGAGUGGAGGAAGACUACAUCCGGAUCGCUCGGUGCUUCGAGGCGACGCGCCAGCGAUGCUGCCGGCUGGAGCAGGACGGGCGGCGGAUGCGAGAGCAACUGGCCCUGGUGGAGGCUGAGCGGGCGGCGCUGGAGGUGAAACUCAAGCACGCUCGCAACCAGGUGGAGGUGGAGAUGAAGAAGCGCCACCGGGCAGAGGCUGAGCUGGAGAAGCAGGAGCGCAAACUUCAGCUGGUCUUUGAGUCCCUGAUGCGGGAGCCGUUGGGCAGCGGGAUGCUGAGCAGGGAGCAGUGCUCUGUCCUCAGUGCCCUGACAGGCCAGUGCCUUGGGGUGGCCCUGGCACCUGGCAGGAGAUCGUCUGCAGUGGAUGAGUCGUGCCAGUCCCUCCUGUCCCAUUCAGACAUCAGCUACGACCACACUGAGGAUGAUGUGGAUGUUGAUAUGACGGCCAUGCGGACCCUGAAGCGGAAAUCCCAGGAGAGGCAGCGUGUGUCACUGGCCCCUCAGAUUGGCCCUAUGGUGGUGGCGAAGCGACACCGAUCUUCUGUGGCACCUGAAAACACUCAGGCAAGCAUCGCCCCUGUGCCACCUCCAGCCAAGGGCCUGGGCCCUGCCAGCAGCCUCCUGCCCACUGCUCUGGUGCCACGACGCUGCUCCCGCCAGGGACACCGUGUUUCUACACGUGCAGAGCUGACCACGGUUUGGGGCACCAGUGAGGAGCCAGGCUGCCGUGCCCCAGGGCAGGAGAGCUACACUGAGGGUGGCUCUGCGGAGCAGCCAGUGCCAGCACCCAUCCCCUCAGCGCCACGAGGUCACCCAUUGUGCCAGCACCAGUUCACCUCCAAAACAGUGAUCCGCCCCCAGCCAUGCGGCAUCUGCAGCUCCCGCAUCCGCUUUGGGAAGGCUGCUGUCAAGUGCCGGCGGUGCCAGCUGCUGCUGCACCCCAAGUGCCGGGAGCAGUGCCCCCUUUCCUGUGUGCCCCGGCCUCACCACCACGCCUGGCCCCGUGAGGGCGUGCUGGCUGACUUUGCCCCCACUACGCCGCCCUUGGUGCCCACCCUGGUGGUGCAGUGUGUGACUGAGGUGGAGACGCGAGGCUUGACAGAGACAGGGCUGUAUCGGGUGCCGGGCACAGAGCAGCUGGUGCGGGAGUGGAAGCAGAGGCUGUUGCGGGCUGGAGGUGCGCUGCCUGCCCUCAGCAGUGUGACCGACAUCCAUGUGGUGUGUGGGGUGCUCAAGGACUUUCUGCGGGGGCUCAAGGAGCCACUGGUCACCUUCAGCCUCCACCCUGCCUUCCUGCAGGCUGCAGAUAUCCCAGAUGCUGCUGCCUGUGCUACAGCCCUGCGCCAUAUGGUGAGCAAACUGCCCCCGGCCAACAGGGACACCCUGGCUUUCCUCAUGCUGCACCUGCUUAGGGUGUCACGCAGCCCUGACUGCAAGAUGGACAUCCUCAACCUGUCCCGCGUGUUUGGUCCCACACUGGUGGGGCAUGCCUCGGCAAACCCCACGCCACUUAUCAUCAUGGAGGACACACCACGGCAGUGCAAGGUGGUGGCUCAGCUCCUCUCACUGCCGCCCGACUUCUGGAGAGGCUUUCUGGGGCCAGAGCAGGAGAACCUGGUGCCAAUGCCAUCCUUGCGGGGUGAAUGCGGUGAGACACAGGAGCCCCAGUCUCCCCCCUUCCCUUGCUCUGUGGCUGCUGAAGAGCCCUGGGUGCCUGUGGCUGGGCUGGGGUGCGAUAGCCAUCCCCCUCUCUGUCCUGUGGAGUCAUUCUUCUGUCCCAUCAUCUCCCCGGAGCCCAAGCCAGGCCAGAUGAGCCCAACCAGCACCUGCUGCCUCCCCAACACCCUGCAGAGCUCUGUGCGCACAGCCACCUCACCCCCGCAGGGGCUGGCCCCAAGGAAGGUGGGACGGUUCUUCCCUUCUUGGUUGUAGCCAGCAUCAGCAGCUCCCAGGGGGCAGGAGCUGGCACUGGAGGAGGCGUGAAGCCUGCGGGACCAAGCAGCUGCCUGGGGCUGGUGGUGCCCUGCUCCACUUCCUGGGGUCUGGGGAGCAGGGCUGGCUCUGCCCAGGUGUGGUGGUGGGGACACUGGCUCAGUGCUGUACUGAGGGCCUGGUUUGCAUUAAAUGUUUACAGCAAAACAA